AUGGCCAUGUCUUCUUCUUCUCCCUGUGUUGCGCUUCUUGGUACCUGUGAUACGAAACUAGAGGAGCUGCUUUUUCUUCGAGACGUCAUUCAACACAAUGAUGUCAGCGUGGUGCUCAUCGACGUGGGCCGUAGCUCUACAAAGCAUGACGCUAUCAAUGUCAGCCAGCAACAGCUACUGAACGAAUUCGGCAAUGGAAUACAAGUUGGUGAUCUGCCACGGGGAGAGGUCAUCAAGACUAUGGCGGCCUGUGCAACAAAGGCUGUCAAGAAGCUAUUAGAUGAAGGCAGCAUUCAUGCCCUGAUCAAUGCAGGUGGAUCAGGCGGCACAUCACUCGCUGCAGAAGUUAUGAGGAAUGCGUUACCUAUUGGCUUUCCGAAGCUAAUCGUUUCCACCGUAGCGAGUGGCGACACGGGGCCAAUUGUCGGGGAAACAGAUAUUACGAUGAUGUACAGUGUCGUCGACGUGGCUGGAUUGAAUCAAGUUCUCAGAAAUGUACUCAGCAAUGCCGGUGCAGCCAUCUCGGGUAUGGCUCGUACGUAUGCAUCAAGAACUCAGAACAGGGCUCAUCCACAGAAGAAGCGCGUUGGGAUUACCAUGUUUGGCGUUACAACCCCCGCCGUUGAUGCGAUUCGGAAAUACCUGGAGUCCAACUACGACAUUGAGACAUAUGUGUUCCAUGCGACAGGACACGGAGGAAAGGCCAUGGAGCGACUUGUUCGAGAAGGCGGGCUCGACGCUGUGCUCGAUCUUACAACGACAGAGAUCUGCGACCAUCUUACCGGCGGUGUUAUGAGUGCUGGUGAACAUCGUUUAGAAGCCACUGCCACAGCUGGGAUACCAAACAUUAUAUCUGUGGGUGCAACGGAUAUGACAAACUUCGGUCCCAUGAAUACAGUCCCGGAACGUUACAAGAACCGCAAGCUAUACGAGCACAAUCCUGUUGUUACAUUGAUGAGGACAUCCGAAGACGAAGCAGUACAAGUGGGUGAGUUCAUCGCGGCGCAGUUGAAGAAGCAUGCGAAAAAUCCACAAGCAGUGCAAGUUUGGCUUCCCAAAGGAGGAAUCAGCAUGAUUGCAACACCUGGAGGACCGUUUGAAGAUACAAAGGCCGAUAAUGCGCUUUUCAAUGCUAUCAAAGAUGGGCUUCGAACGAGUGGAAUCGACAUUGUCGAAGACGAGCGGCCCAUAAACGACGAAGGUUUUGCGCAUGAUAUCGCAAAAGCCUUAAUUGCAAGGAUGGGAAUUGAACGCAAAACCACUUAG